AGGCCUCCGGCUCCGCCGCGUUUUCGGUGGUGGGCUUGGCCUGUCAGCGCGCCCUGAGCCGGCCGCGGGUCUGGUAGGCCCGGCCAGGCCCCACCUCGCCGGAGGCGCCGUGAAUUCGUGCCCGGCGGAGGGUGGGUGAUGUGCUGCUCUCUGCCCUGGCCCCCCGCGGGCAUCGUGCCUUGGGGGGCGCUGGCUAAAUCCCAGGGGAUGGCACUGAGGGAGCUCUGGAAGAGUCGGUGCCGCCCCUUACACCACGCAGCCCCGUAAAGGUUUCGGUAUGAGGGUAACUUGGUGUGAGAGACUAGCAGACUAGCUAGAGACUAGCGCAGAAGGGUUCGGUGCUGUCGGCCUGAGAACCACAGAUGAGCUUCUUAUGAGAAGAGCUACAAGAGAGAGGUUGUACUGGGUGGAAGGAGGAAGGCUGGGGAGGUGGGAGCUGCAACACACCGGAGAUGCCUGCGUUGGGGAGGGCUGCGUGGAGGAUGUCUUGGAAACGCUGGUGUUUGCAACCUGCCGGCUGCUGGAGCCAGGCCUCUCGCUUGCCAAAGAGUUUCCACAGUAGCACAGUUUAACAUGAUUGUUGCAUAAAGUUCUGAUAUAAGAAAAAUCCCUCUUCAGUUGUUUGGGCUUUGUGUGUGUUAACUACACAAGUUGCUAUGAAUCUAAUGACUUUAGCAAAUCAUAGCAGAACUGGAAUCCCAGGUCAUAAACUGUAUAAAGAGGGGAAGUUUUAAUGUGGAGUGAGGAUGGAUUUAAUAGGGAGUGCAUGGUGUGUCUCACUGGGUGUUGCUAUUCAUUCUCUAGAUCACACCAACAGCUCUACUUCUCAGUAUCCCAGACUGUAAGUCAGUUACAGAGUUUUGUUUUUCAGAAGUCGAGUAUGAUGAAUAAAAAGUUCAUUUGAUAGAAUCACUCAGUUAAUAUAUACUAAAGCCUGUAGAAAGAAAACAGGAAUGAGCUCUGUGGUUUUUGCUUUAAGGAAUGCCUUUAUCAUACACCAGCAAAUCACUUUUAAAUCUUUACAGAUAAAUGGACUAUAAGAAAACUGCAGAUGGAGUUGCAGAAAAAAUUGUAUCAUACAGUCAAGAUACUUCAGGAUGGAGAGUGAUAAAAGUUUCAAAAAAUGUUACAGUUUCUUCAAAGCCUUCAAAAGAGUAUGCAGGAAAUAUAUACCGUGGAGAAGGGAUAAUUCAGGAAAUCUCUAGUAAAAUUAUUCCUUUUAUGUAUCUUCCUGAAUAACGAAACAAAUGGGACAAAGCAUUACAAUCUUACAAGCUGUUAGAAAGGAUUGACGAGGACACUGGUAUAUACCACAGUGUAACACAUAGUUAUGGUAUGGGACUGGUUUCAUCAAGAGAUUUUGUUGACCAGCUGCACGUUAAACCAUACCCUGGUGAUAUCCUUACAACUAACUAGGUUGCAUCCCUCAGCGUGGAAUAUUCCAGCUGCCCUCCAACUCCCUCUUGUGUCCGAGGCUAUAACAAUCCCUGUGGCUAUGUGUGUUCACCUUUGCCCGAGAAUCCAGAGCAUUCUAUGCUAGUUGUAUUUAUUCAGCCAGAACUAGGAGGAAUGCUUCCAGGUUCUGUAGUGGAGACAGCAUUGCCUACUUAUCUCAUAAUCACUGAUACAAGGGCUGGACUGAAAGCCUUGAAAGACCAUAAUUAAAUGUAAGUGGAAAAUAAUAAGCACCUAAGUCACAUGCAUCUUCUACUUGGAUUAAUUUUUAAAGUGGAUGAUGAAGUUUAUUUUAAUUGUGGUUUAUGUGGAAAUACAUAAAGCUUUAACUGUUAAAAUGGUGAGUGCUGGUUUUCUUAGUUCUUGGGAAUGAUCAAGAAUUUACACUGAAGUGCCAUCAAAGUAUAGGAUGUCGCUUUCAAUGUAAUCAGGUGAUGUUUUGUAGUAUUUUUGCACUUUAUAUGCAGAGAAUCUAUAUAUACACACACACAAGAAUCUGGUGAUACAAAUUACAGCAAUGUGUAAAUACCAUAGUCAAAUAUUUUGCCAUAGCUUUAAACACACUGAUAAAUUCUUACCUCAAUUAUGUACUCUUGACUGAAACAAGGAAACAUCUUGUGUACUAGAGACUUUAAACACGUUUAUUAACUGUAAGUGUACAAGUGUAAUUAGCAACUAUUUCACUUGUUUUGGAAUGAAAUAUUUAAAGAAAAGCCUGAUUAAUUUGUAUCUGGCAUCUCAUUAAAAGCUGCUUUUUAUA